GAAUGAAGAAACGCUGUAGACGUAACGAUAGUGAAGAAAAAAACGACAAGCCUGCUCUGCUCCAAUGCGCCAAUCUCAUUCUUCCAUGGCUAAACACUUCCGAACUCGCUUCCAUCUCCCUAACCUGCAAAACCUUGUACGAAAUUUCAAAGUCCAUCACAAUCAGCAGAUCCGCUGAUGCUUCCAGAUCCUUGGAGAACCUUCCCAUCCCUUUCAUCAACACCGUCGACGGCCAUCCCUACGCUUACUUCGUUUACACCCCAUCUCAGAUAAUCACCUCUCCCUUAUUUUCUCGAUAUCAGCGACAAUCUUGGGGGCGAAUCAGCUAUGGGAUUAGACCCACAUUGGAUUCGGGUCUGGGUAUGGUGAAUUGGGGCUCCAUGGAUGGUCUGGUAUCCGAAUCGGGUGGGAGUGCAUAUGGCUGUGACUGUGAAAAGUGUAACGAGGUGGGAGAUGGCGGUUUUUCGUGCCCGUGUUCGAGUUUGAAUUCUUCGGAGAUUGUUACCGAGUGCGGACCGAGUUGUCGUUGUGGGUUGGAGUGUGGGAAUCGGGUGACACAGAAAGGAAUUUCGGUUCGAUUAAAAAUUGUUAGAGAUUGGAGGAAAGGUUGGGGAUUACACGCUGAUCAGUUGAUUCUGUGCGGGCAGUUCGUAUGCGAAUAUGCAGGCGAACUCCUCACUACCAAUGAAGCAAGGAUACGGCAGCAAAUGUAUGAUGAACUUGCAGCAGGUGGCCGAUGUUGUUCCGCUCUUAUGGUUGUGAGGGAGCAUCUUCCAUCUGGCAGAGCAUGUAUGAGGAUAAAUGUUGAUGCCACAAGAGUUGGAAAUGUUGCAAGAUUUAUCAAUCAUUCGUGUGAUGGUGGAAAUCUUUCAACUAGAUUGGUGAGGAGCUUGGGAGUUUUGCUACCUCGCAUUUGCUUCUUUGCAACCAGAGAAAUACAAGAACACGAAGAGCUCACUUUUAGCUAUGGGCUUGUCCAUACCAGGCUGAAGAGCUUCCGGUGCUUCUGUGGCAGCCCAUCUUGUUUUGGAUUUUUGCCUUCAGAGAAUACUUGAUUGCAGCAGUUUUUCUUUGGCAGCAAGUAUGGAGAUUGAUCAAACCUGUUGUUUUAGAGCAACUACAGUAGACACACAACCAUACACAGGAUCAGACAGCCUUGCCUGAGCUUCAUAUGAGAUGGUAACGACUGCAUCAUGCCGGCGGCUCAUAGGAAUGUGCAAUAAGAGCUUGGACACGUUGCUUGCUCCGAACACCUUGUGCACCGCCGCAAACCUUGCUGCACCCUGGUCUGACCCAAAGUGCGGAGCAAAGAUGCACCCGCUUAUGCACCUCCUCCUCAAGAAUUUGCAUGCCCCACAGGGAGCAGUUGAUGGUGCUGCGGUCGCCUCAGCAUCCCCAAGAACAGCGGGUUGCUUGGUGGUAGUUCCUUUGCGGCGGCUCUCGCGUGGUGGCUCGGCCAUGGAAGGAGGUGAGGAAGCAGAGAGUGAGGUGGUGCUUAUAUAUAUGUAUAUAUAGGAGAGCAUGGCGGCAUGUACGAGGCAUGCACGUUAGUCCCGUGAGAGAAAGAGGGAGACGUUAGGGCUGAUAAGAGAGAAGCGAUGGUGCUGCGGAGGCAGGUUUGGAGGUGGUAUGGGAUUAUUAUAUAGCUUGGGGUAAUAUAAUAGUUGUGUCCACUUGAAAAUGGUUGCAACGAGGGGGAAGGCACAAGAUUUGUGCUGCCCGUGGCGUGUGGGACGCUUGGUGGGGUACCAUGCGUGCUUUUGCGUCAAUACCAUCACAAGGAAGCACCCCCUCCCUCCACACUAUCCACCUCCUUUUUCUUUCCUUUUCGUUUUCCAAGCAAUCUCAUAAUUUUAAUGUGUCCUUCUCUUUUUAUUUAUUUAGAAUAGGUCCAAUGGGCGGAGGCUGCAUACGUUAAUUUCUUUCCAAAUAUAUAUAUAUAUAUAUAUUUAUAUA